UCCUCUCCCAUUCCCCAGAUCCAAUCAAGGCACCCCGCCGCCCCCGCCUACCUCUCCCUCCCGCGAUUCCCACCCCCGCCACCCCCACCCACCACUGCCGACCUCGUCUCCGCCAUGCAUCCUCUCCCCUCGCCUUCCUCUACGGCUCCAAGGCUUGGCGCUCGACGAGGGGGGAGCAGUGAGGCCAAGGUGGAGGAUAUGGAUGGGGUGCAUGUUCAACUGCUUCCGUGCGGCUGGCGAAUCGCCGUGCACCGGGCGCGCCCGCGCCCAGCUCCCCUCGGAUCUAGGCUCGAUGGAGCGGAGAUGAAGAUCAAGGCGCUCGUCGUGCUGAAGCCGUCAGCCGGAGGCGCCAGGGGCUCCUCCUCCAGCGGCGGGCAGGGCUCCAAGGCGCUUGUGCUGGCCAACACUACGGACGUCAGCCACUUCGGCUUCUUCCGGCGCGGCACCGCACGCGAGUUCAUCGUCUUCGUCGCCCACACCGUCACCCAGCGCACCCAGCCUGGCCAACGCCAGUCCAUCCACCACGAAGGACAAUGAAAGUCCUUUGUUUGGAGAGGGAAACCAAGUUGAAGUGCUCGCGGAGGAGGCCAAGGCGCAGUAAGACAAGGCCGUCUUCAAGGUGCUCGAUCUGGUACGAUCUUUUAACCUCGGAAGGUUGAACCUCUCACAGACGAUGACCGUCAUCGGUGAGCUGCUGGUUGCCUCGGCCUCCCACGGCAUCUCCGACUGCCCCCACUCUUCUGACGAGCACAUGCUGCAGCUCCUAGAG